UGGCAAGAGGAGGACACCCCUCCACUCUGCUAAUAAGCAACGUCUUUGGGAGAGUUCAGAGUCGACACACAACUAACUGUAGGCAGUUAGGCAUGGAGAUUGAGAGGGAAGCUCCGGGUAACGACAAGGCCAGGAGCUGGAGAGCUAAUGUAGCACAGGAAGAUUCUAAGACGAAGCUUGACGGCGGUGAUCAGCUGAUGAAGGAGCCUGCAUGGAAAAGGUUCCUGGCUCAUGUUGGGCCAGGGUUUAUGGUGUCAUUGGCAUACUUGGAUCCUGGCAACUUGGAAACGGAUCUGCAAGCAGGAGCGAAUCACCGAUACGAGCUCCUCUGGGUGAUUCUCAUUGGUCUCAUCUUCGCACUCAUCAUUCAAUCACUAGCAGCUAAUCUUGGAGUGGUAACAGGGAGGCAUCUUGCUGAGAUAUGCAAGAGUGAGUAUCCAAAAUUUGUGAGGAUCUGUCUAUGGAUUCUCGCAGAGGUGGCUGUAAUCGCGGCAGAUAUCCCAGAAGUUAUAGGGACAGCCUUCGCUUUCAACCUCUUAUUCCACAUCCCCGUGUGGGUGGGGGUUCUCAUCACCGGCUCCAGCACUCUCCUGCUUCUGGGCCUACAAAGAUACGGGGUGCGGAAGCUCGAGUUCCUGAUCUCGAUGCUGGUGUUCGUCAUGGCGGCGUGCUUCUUUGGAGAGCUGAGCAUCGUGAAGCCGCCGGCAGUGGAGGUGAUCAAGGGGCUCUUCAUCCCCAGGCUCAAGGGCGACGGCGCCACAGCAGACGCCAUUGCUCUCCUUGGAGCUCUUGUCAUGCCGCACAACCUGUUCCUGCACUCUGCUCUGGUGCUGUCUCGGAAGACGCCGUCGUCGGUGAGAGGGAUCAAGGACGCGUGCCGGUUCUUCCUCUACGAGAGCGGCUUCGCGCUGUUCGUGGCGCUGCUCAUCAACAUCGCCGUCAUCUCCGUCUCCGGCACCGUCUGCUUCUCCGGCAACCUCUCGCCGGAGGACGCCGACAAGUGCAGCGACCUCUCGCUCGACUCCUCCUCCUUUCUCCUCAAGAACGUGCUGGGCAGGUCGAGUUCCAUCGUCUACGGCGUGGCGCUGUUGGCCUCUGGGCAGAGUUCCACCAUAACAGGCACCUAUUCCGGCCAGUACAUCAUGCAGGGUUUUCUGGACAUCAGGAUGAAGAAGUGGCUGAGGAACCUGAUGACACGCUGCAUCGCCAUUGCGCCGAGCCUAGUCGUCUCCAUCAUCGGCGGCUCCAGUGGCGCCGGCCGUCUCAUCAUCAUCGCUUCGAUGAUCCUGUCCUUUGAGCUGCCGUUCGCCCUCAUCCCACUCCUCAAGUUCAGCAGCAGCAGGAGCAAGAUGGGGCCCCACAAGAACUCCAUUUAUAUUAUCGUGUUCUCGUGGUUGCUGGGGCUGAUGAUCAUUGGCAUCAACAUGUACUUCCUGAGCACCAGCUUCGUCGGCUGGCUCAUCCACAACUCCCUCCCCAUCUACGCCAACGUGCUCGUCGGCCUCGUCAUCUUCCCCCUCAUGCUCAUCUACGUCCUCGCCGUCAUCUACCUCACCUUUAGAAAGGACACCGUCGUCACCUUCGUCGCCGACUCCAACCAACUCGACAACGCCGAGAAGGCCAAGGCGGCCGGCGAGGAGGAGGAUGACCAACCCGUGCCGUUCCGGCAGGACCUGGCGGACAUCCCUCUGCCAGAGUAGCCGAGUAGCUACAAACACUGCGAAAGGGCAUGUAACCUGGUGGUUACAAGAGCUUUAGUAGCACUUAGAUCUUUGGCUUCGACUCCUUGUGGGAUCGUGUAUUCUAAGAUUUAAUGGUGUUAUGCUUUUAGCGGUAGAUAACGUUCUUAUCGAUAGCGAGACACCUAUGCUGACUUCUUCAAUCUCGAGGAUUUGCCGGCUCAGUCUUUGAAGAUGCUCAUCACAGAGGUAGGAUUUACGUGUGUGUGAGUUCAUAGGAGUGAGUGUGCAUGCGUUGAGAGUGUUUGAGUUAUACGGUGUAAUUGGAAAAAAAAUAUCUACAAACACUCUUUGUCUUC